AUGUACCCUGGGUCGGGGGUUGGAGCCCACACACCUACAGUCACCGUGGACGCAGGAGUAAGCCUGGCCCUUGCCUCGCUAAUGCCUCCCACCCUGCCAUUACUGCCACACGCCGCAGCUGCAGCAGCCGCCGCCGCCUUCCUGCCGUACCAGCAGGCGGCAGUAGUGUGUCCAGCUGGCCCAAGUGGGCCGCCUCGCCCGCCACUCGCUCCCCCUAGAGCUCCGCGGCCCUCCGCCUUCACUGUGGAGGAGCUACUCAAGGACAAGAGGUCUGCCUCGCCGGGAGAAGAAGAAAGUGACGUGCCUGCCAUUGUAUCCAGUCUAUACGGCCCCGCACCGCUACACCUCCCUCUCCACCCCCAUUCUAAUGCCCCUGUCCCACUACCUUUCCCACAUCCUCCCACGCAUAUCCGACCCUCAGCUCUCCACAGGAAUCAUUCUCCACCCCUUCCCAUCGAAAACACACGACGUUCCCCGGCACCCUCGUCCCCUGCCAAGUCCACAUUCCAGAGUAGCACCGUGCCCACCACUACUUCAGUCUCUCCUUCGAACUCCUCAAGGGCGCGCUCCUACAGCCCCAGGGUGUUUCCUCCUCUCUCCUCCUCCGCAUCUCCUUCCCUUCCACAUCGUCUGACUCCAUCUCCAGCAAGCCCACAGUCAAAUCAACUUGUACUUCCUACACGAUCCUCUUCCUCUCUUUCUCCUUCCCCUCCAUCCAUUUAUUCCCUUCAGAACAGCAACACCUCUAUUUCCCAACUUGGCAGAGUUAAGCGUCUGUCUGACACCAAAGUUAGAAUUAUCACUCCCAGUUCGCAUCACCUACACAACUCUCAGUAG